AUGGAGAGGCGAAAGGCAUGGCUCGGACCCAUCUUGAGCCAAGAAGUUCCAAGGGUGCAAUAUCGAAGGAGGCAUUCACUUUCUGGAUUAUGCAACACAGAAUCACCCCUGAGAAAGCUAAAUUUGCCCCUUUCGCAGACGCAACACAAAGAAAAACCACCAGAAGCAAACCUAACUGAACUGAUAGAAUUUGUUCUCUUGGACUUUGCUGAUGUUCCCCAUCUCCGGUGGCUUCUAUUUGGAUUAUUCUCGGUCAUCUAUAUCGCUACUGUGAUGAGUAAUGGCAUCAUAUUUCUAAUAACAAAAUUGGAUCCUGCACUUCAGACUCCUAUGUACUAUUUCCUUGGCAAUUUUUCCUUUUUAGAAAUCUGCUAUGUGUCAGUUACUCUCCCCAGAAUGCUUAUGAACCUUUGGACCCAGAGAAGAACAAUUUCAUUAGUUGCCUGUGCCACACAGAUGUGCUGUAUUCUUGUGUUGGGAGCCACGGAGUGUUUCCUGCUGACAGUGAUGGCCUAUGACCGCUACAUGGCCAUCUGUAACCCUCUGCACUACCCUCUAGUCAUGAGCCAUAAGAUCUGUAUCCAGCUGGUGGCUGGCUCCUGGAUCAGUGGAAUUCCAGUCCAGAUAGGGCAAACGUUCCAGAUUUUCUCUCUGUCCUUUUGUGGCUCCAAUUUAAUUGACCACUUCUUCUGUGACAUCCCCCCAAUCCUCAAGCUUGCUUGUGGGGACACAUUUGUGAGUGAAAUGUUGGUCUACAUAGCUGCUGUGUUGAUUGCCACCAUUCCCUUUCUGUUGAUACUUAUCUCCUAUAGCAAAAUCAUCUCCACAGUCCUUCAAUUGCCAUCAGCCACAAGUCGGGCCAAAGCCUUCUCCACCUGUUCUUCUCAUCUUAUUGUCAUGGCGUUGUUCUUUGGAUCAGCUGUUAUCACUUACUUAAGACCCAAACACAGUCACUCAGCAGGAAUUGACAAAGUACUUUCUCUUUUCUACACAAUUGUGACUCCCAUGUUUAAUCCCAUGAUAUACAGUCUAAGGAACAAGGAUGUCAUCAUGGCAUUGAGAAGAUUGCUAUAUAAGUAA